AUGGCGACUCUUUUCACCGUACCGAUCAGCUCUACCGGAGGUUCGAUCAUCUGCACAAACCCUAGCACAGCGAAGGAACAUGAGACCAUCUACGUGCUCACCUUUACUUCACCCCCGGACAACCGAUUGACACCCAUUUUUAUUGACGCUCUGCUGCUCGCCCUCGACAUUAUCGAGCACCGCUACCCCAAGGGUGUCGUAGUCACUACUAGUGGAAUUGUCAAAUUCUACAGCAAUGGGCUUGAUCUCGAUAUUGUCGCGAAGACUGAAGGGUUCCUUGAGAAUUGGCUGUGGCGUCUGUUCCGACGCUUUUUGACAUACCCCAUGCCAACCGUGUGUCUAUUGAAUGGACACGCUUUUGCUGGCGGUUUCAUGUUGGCGAUGUACCAUGACUACAGAAUCAUGAACCCAGAGCGUGGUUUCCUCUGUGUCAACGAGCUUGAAUUUGGCGUGCCGCUUCAGACGCCCAUGAUGGCUAUCUUCCGUGAGAAGCUGACGCCAGUCACUUUCCGAAAUGUGGUUCUAGAAGCUCAUCGUUUUGGUGGACCCAAAGCACUCGAGGCUGGGAUUGUUGAUGCCAUUGGUGGAGCUGAGGAAGCCCUUGCGCUGAUCCAGACCCGCAAGCUCCAAACUAAAGCCGCAACAGGUAUCUACGGUACCAUGAAAGAGGAGAUGUACUCUGGGAUCUUGAAUGGCUUGGAUGAUCAUGCUGGAAACUUGCAAUGGCGGGAGAAUGUUGAAGAUAAGAACCAAGCUGUUCAGAAAAGAGGAUCAGAGGCUGUCCAACAGUUCGAGAACAAUGGGAAAGCGAAGCUUUGA